AUGCUCACUCGUGCCAGAGGCAGACCUGGAAACCUCGGGGCUGAAACGUGGGGUGGGAUGCAAGGUUGGCUCAGCAGGGCUGCUUGGAGGUGCCUCUGCCGUCCUCCAGGGAGCCGCAGCCUUCAUUCUUCUGGGCAACAGGAGGCUGAAGGAUGGUGCGAGGAGAUUACAUGGAACCUGGCUGUUGCCCAGAGGCAUUUUACUGACUUCAGUUUUCAGCAACAGUCCUUCGGACCGGGAGGUUUGGGCGACUCCUCGGUGUACAGGGAGAGCGGCAGCCGGAGGGUGCACCCUGAUCGCACCCCUGUGAAGAGUGACGCUGCCCAGGCCCCCCGGUGCGUGACAAAGGCGACCUUGGCUCAGGAGCCACCGUGUCUUGGCCGCGCACGUGUGCGCACCUACAGCAGGCCCAGGAUUUCAGCCGAUGCGGAUGUGCAGCUCCUAAAACAAACUUCUACUUCAGGCGGCGCCCAAGGAAAUGAGGUUUUUAGAGCCCGAUUCCCUGCUGCCUUCUGCCGCCGGCAGCAAUUCCUGCCCGCCCUCGGCGGGCGGGCAGCGGGAUGGGGCACCUCUCCCGCCACUAACGCCGCUCGAGAGCGCAGUCGGGUUCAAACCCUGCGCCAUGCCUUCCUCGAGCUGCAGAAGACGCUUCCCUCUGUGCCGCCCGACACCAAGCUCUCCAAGCUGGAUGUACUCCUCCUGGCCACCACCUAUAUCGCACACCUCACUCGCAGCCUUCAGGAUGAGGAAGAGUCACCGGGAGAGGGCUUGGGUACCCUUCGAGGGGAUGGAUACCUCCACCCUGUCAAGAAGUGGCCAAUGCGUUCCAGGUUAUACAUCGGAGCUACAGGGCAGUUUUUGACUCACUCGGCACAAGGAGACGGCGCAAACCAAGGAGAAACAUCAACAACUUCACCAAUCUAA